AAGAUAAACAAUUUGUGUUCACAUCAUGUGAUAAUUUUCAUCAGAUAUAGUAAUGAAAGAAAGAAAAAUUAUGAAGUUUUGUAGGUUCAAAGAAAGAUGUGGAACUAUAUGUUAAAACAACUAUGAUGUGGUCUUGGAUUUAUGGGGUAAACCACAGUUAAAAAUUGCCAGCUUAUUCUCAUCAAUUCAAGUGAAUCGCAUACAAAAGCAGUACAACGUAAUGUAUUUAUUGCACAGAUCCUAAGUAUAAUAUAGGUCUUUCACUGACAGUAAAAUUAAUAAAUAAUUAAUGAAACAAAAACCUAUAAGUAAAUAUCACCAAAUGUGAGUAUAGUCCUUAUUGUAUUAAAUAUAAUUAGGCUAGAAUUUAUGUACAAGCAUAGAGAUAAAAAAAUACAAGACAGUUUGCUUCCAUAUUUUCCGCUUGAAAAUUGCAGAAAGUUAACGAAUAAUGAUGUGGAAAAUUGUGCGAUUUAGACAUCUUUGUCCAUUCUUUGUUAUUGUAUUGGGGUAUAAAAGACUAAAGAGCCUCAUUCCCAAGCCAUUGAACAUGAGUUGGGAGUAAAACGCUGCGCGAAGGUCUUCGUUUUCUGAAUGUUGGAAAAUCGCAAAGGAAGAAGAUUUUCUUUAGAUAUAUAACAUCGUUUCGAUUCUUGUUUGACAGAAGAUGAUCAACUUCAUUCUGCUGUUUAGUAGACAAGGGAAGCUAAGACUACAAAAAUGGUACACUGCCAUGCCAUUGAAGGAUAAGAAGAAAAUCACAAGGGACUUGACAACUAUGAUUUUAUCAAGGAAGCCAAAAAUGUGUAGCUUCCUUGAAUAUAAAGAUAUGAAAAUAAUAUACAAAAGGUAUGCAAGCUUGUUCUUUUGUGUGGGUGCAGAGGCAGGAGACAAUGAACUUAUUAUUCUUGAAAUCAUUCAUAGAUAUGUGGAGAUUUUGGACAAAUACUUUGGUAAUGUCUGUGAGUUGGAUAUAAUUUUCAACUUUGAAAAGGCCUACUUUGUAUUGGACGAGCUGAUCAUUGGUGGUGAAAUCCAGGAAACUAGCAAAAAUGCAGUGCUGAAGGCAGUGUCUCAACAGGAUGUUGUUCAAGAGUAUGUUGCGUAGGAUGGAGAAGUCCCGUCACUGAAGAAUGUUCUAGAAGAGCUAGGGCUAUCAUGAGCCCUAAGCAAAAAACUGCAAGACACCUGCUUGCAUAAAUAGCUUGUGCAAGCUAAAGGGAAGACCAAUUUCAAUAUGACUACGUCAAUUAUUAUACACUUUUGAAUUACUAAUUAUAUUCAUAAAAUGUUAUUUAUCGUUUUUGGGGGUGGGUGUAGAAUUGAAAUUAUUUAAAUGGGUGUAGCUAUUAACGCCGAAAGGAUACGUUGUAGGAACUUCCUUGGACACUCUAUUGCCCUACGUUUUUUUCUAGAGUACAUAAGGCUCUCUGUUGUCUUUGAGUAGCGUCAGUGUCUUACUUUUGAUGUGGUGAUAGUAGGCUUACGAACUAUGAAACAUGCUCCGACGCUUUUUACAUAUAUUUUCUUGUAUUUACAAUUGAAUACUGCUAUUGUUCUGCUAAGGGAAGCCGAUAAUUAGAAAUGAUAUUAGAAAUCUAAGCUAAUCGAUUUGCAACCAUGCUGCUUUUGACCAAGAGCUGUCCAACCAAAUUUUGAGAUGAAAUUACCUAUUGUACGUUAAUUUUGAAAAAGAAAUGGAAUGUCAAGCACGAUUAUAACCCCCGCCCCAAGUCAAAGUCAGAUAAGUAUUUUUUGCUCUUCAUACACGUUGAAAAAAAUAGGUGAAAAAAUUGUCAGUCAGCCAAAUUUACUGUCGCCCUUUUUGUUUGAUGUCUUGCUAGUAAUCCUGAAUAUACACCAGUUUGUUUCUGCAGUUUUAUCCGUGUUUGUCCCUGUUACGGCCACAUCGUUUCAAUAAAACAUUUCUGUAUUUAACCGAAAAAAUUUUAUUCUAUUCUUGUUAUUCUUUAAGAAGCUUAUUUAAUAUUUAUCAUUUUAUUAAUGUAGUAGGCUAGUUACAGUCAAUUUAUUAAUUAGGCAAUUGACAUUGGCAGUUUUAAAGAAAAGGAAUUUAGACACCA